CCCACCUUCUUUUCCAAAUUGCUGAUUUUGUGGUCAACAGGUCCCAAACGAACAAGCACUUGUAUGUUGUUGGCACCAGUGUCCCUCUACUAGCUCGUGUUCGGUAGUUGUUCUUUGCGAUCAGAGAAAGAAGACAUGUCAGGCCCUCAGUGCUGCUCGAACCCACCGACCCUGAACCCAACCAGUGGAUCUGGCCAUGUUGAGAAGCUUGGUGGUCUCGACUCCUACCUCACUGGCUCUCCUGACUCUAAGCUUGCCAUUGUUCUUGUCUCUGACAUUUUUGGGUAUGAUGCUCCAAACUUGAGGAAGCUUGCAGACAAAAUUGCAGCUGCUGGCUUCUUUGCCGUGGUCCCUGACUUCUUUUAUGGAGACCCUUAUGUACCUGCAGCUGAUGGAUCCCUUGACUCUCUACCUGCUUGGCUGAAAGGACAUGGAGCGGACAAAGGAUUUGAAGAUGUCAAAGUAGUUAUUGAAGCUCUAAAAAGUAAAGGUGUUUGUGCAAUCGGUGCUGUAGGCUUCUGUUGGGGAGCCAAGGUUGUAGUUGAACUUGCAAAGGGUGACUUUAUCCAAGCUGCUGUUCUGGCUCAUCCUUCAUUUGUCACUCUUGAUGAUAUCAAGGCUGUUAAGGUUCCCAUAUCUAUACUCGGAGCUGAGAUUGAUCGGAUGUCUCCACCUGAACUCGUGAAACAAUUUGAAGAGGCUUUGACCGCAAAGUCUGAGAUAAAAAGUCAUGUGAAGAUAUUCCCAAAAGUGUCGCAUGGAUGGACUGUGAGGUAUGAUGUUUCAGACAAAGAAGCUGUGAAGCCUGCUGAGGAGGCUCAUAAAGACAUGUUGGACUGGUUUGUGAACCAUGUCAAGUGAAUGGUAUCAUCAUUGUAGUGUUAUAUUGUCACCUAAGAUGAGAACAGUGUGGAUCUUAUGGUUAAAUAAGGGCUACUUUUAAUGUAGCAAUGUUGUUUGUAAAUUUGUUCCUUGGCUUUACUGCAAUGCUUGAACUCCAGUAUAUUUUUCUGUCCUUUAAGAUGAGAAUAGUGUGGUAGCUUAAUAGCUUAUAUAUGUUUUGAAAAUGGUGGUGCUGAUGAAGUAGUAGCUGCUACAUCCAUGAGAUGAAGUUAUUAGGAAAGGUUACAAUGCAGAUUAUGUUCCGCUGGAUUAAAUGGGUUUCUAUAGACUUGGCCGUUGAAAACUCAUAUGAGAUUCCAUUAUUGCGAACUUACAAUAUUAGCAUGUU